UCGUCCUCUGCGCACAUCUCCUUCCAACCUUCGCAAGGGCACUUACGAUUUCUCCAAGCUUCUUGAUUUCGGCCGGCAGAAAUUAUCUCAUACACAAUGUCAUCCCGAUAUGGCUGCACCCUUACUGAUCUUCAAAAGAAAGAGUUGAGGGACAUUGCCCAGGCUAUUGUUGCCCCCGGCAAAGGCAUCUUGGCAGCUGAUGAGAGUACAGGUACCAUGGGCAAGCGCCUUGCCUCAAUCAAUGUGGACAAUGUUGAAGAUAAUCGUCGUCAUUAUCGCCAGUUGCUCUUCUCUGCCGACAAGAGUGUUUCCGACGGAAUCAGUGGUGUAAUCUUGUUCCAUGAAACAUUUUAUCAGAAGGCUGAUGAUGGUACACCUUUCAUCAAGGUUCUCCAAGACAAGGGCAUGAUUCCCGGAAUCAAGGUUGAUAAGGGUGUUGUUCCAUUGGCACACACCACCAACGACGAAUGCACAACCCAAGGCUUGGAUGGUUUGUCUGAACGUUGUGCCCAAUACAAGAAGGACGGUGCCCAGUUUGCGAAGUGGAGAUGCGUCUUGAAGAUCAGCCAGCACACACCAUCUUCUCUCGCCAUGAUAGAGAAUGCUAAUGUUUUGGCACGCUAUGCAAGCAUUUGCCAAGCUAAUGGCUUAGUGCCCAUUGUUGAGCCUGAAGUCCUCCCAGAUGGUGAUCAUGACCUUGAGAUGGCACAGAGAGUAACAGAAGAGGUUCUCUCCUACCAGUACAAGGCUCUUGCUGAUCACCAUGUCUACCUAGAGGGAACCCUACUCAAACCAAACAUGGUUACAGCUGGGCAUAGCUGCUCCAAGAAGUACACCCCUGAACAGGUUGCACAGGCAACAGUUACUGCAUUAUUGAGGACAGUGCCAGGUGCUGUUCCUGGAAUCACAUUCCUGUCGGGUGGCCAGUCGGAGGUGGAUGCAACUGUCCAUCUUGAUGCUAUAAAUAGAUAUGCUCAGAAGCAGAGAUGCCAGCCCUGGUCAUUGACCUUCUCCUAUGGCCGUGCUCUCCAAGCUAGUGUGCUCCAGGCCUGGAAAGGAAAGACAGAAUUGGUCAAGGCUGGCCAGGAACAACUGGCAUACAGAGCAAAGGCAAACAGUCUUGCUUCUCUUGGGAAGUACGAGGGAGAAGAGAUGGCCUGUGCCGCUGCCGGAGAGUCGUUGUUUGUUAAAGCUCAUGCAUACUAAACCAACUCUUCUGUGGAACUAUGGGAUAGAUAAAGACUAUGUUGAUAGUUGAAUAGUAUAGAAGAUUGCCAUACAUUUUUCUGUGAAUGGAAAUAUUCCCUUCUUACCUUAGAAAUUAGGCGGACUAUUUUGUUGUUGAUUUGACAGUUCAGUUUAUGUUUGAAAAUGAUUUACUUAAUUGCUUCUUGUUAUUAAUGCCAGCCAGAUAGAUAUGGUAAAAUGUGCUAAGACUUUGCUGGACUUGCAUGUGUGCAUUGAUGGCAUUCUGAUAUGCCAAACCUCCCAAUGUUAUUCCCUGCUAUUGUCUCCUUGUCUUUCCUAUUUUCGUUUUCGAACAUUUUAAAUUCACCACAGUUUCAAUGUAUGCAUACCCAUCUCCAAUAUUUCUUCAAACAAAUGAAAUGACAUAUCAUUAAUAAUGUUUAUUCAUACUUAUUCAAAAGUAUUCAUCAAAUGGGUGAAGAGGGUGCUUAGUGCAAGGUAUGCUUACUAUACAUCUCAAUCGAUACACACAAUUGACAAAUCUUAGCUAACCCACUACCGAAAUACAUGUACAAUUAGGCAGUACACGGCUAGCCAAUAAUUUCUUUUAUGUUUAAUCUAUCACCACCGUACUCUCCUCUCCUAAGGUAAUUUGGUCUGAUAUCAAAGGUCCUAUUCUAAAAACAUGGGGGUUCACAUUGUCUCUAUACCAGUCGCUCUUCUAAAAUUCAGGUAUUGUAUGCUUUGUGCUAGGGUAGAGGACCCAACAUUCUCUAACAUAUUUACACAUAAUCUCACAAAAGUAUUUGAACUGCAUUUUAAAGAAUUUCUGCGAUUCUGUAUACGGUUUUCCAUCUGUGUUCAAUUAUCGAUAUCAUCAACAAUAAUGUGUAAAAAGAUUGUCAUCUGUUCUGUAUGGAAUGUUGAAAAACUUUCUCACACAUCUCCUCCACGCUGUGCAUAAUUUCUCUGUGUGCCUUGAGAUAAAUCAAGAAGUUGUGAACUGUAUAGCGGCAUACAAAAACGUUGAAAGAGAUAAUACACUACUUUAGAGGUAGCAUCACCAAAUUGCGUCGGAAGGGCAUUUGUCUUGUGAACUAACUCUGUUAUUCACUCAUCCACCCCGACUCUACCGGCAUCGGGCCCAAAUGGCAUUCCUAAUCCUAGAUCUCACAUCUACUUACCGUCAACACAAUGCAAUCUAAAACAAUUUCGAUAUUCCUGUCGAUUCCUCUAUCAAAUAUAAGAAAUUGAGUCCAUGUUACAUCAAAUUGGAUCCUAUACACUACAGAAUACUACUGUAUGAUAGCCAUAAUUGAUCAGGCUUUAUGGGUACAUGCUAGAAUACCUCUCUGCUCCUCAUUGCUUUGAAUAGAAACUUACUUUUAAAGAGGAGUUAUCCAUUUUAGAACCAUACAAAACAUACUCUUUUGACCUGUCCCCUCUUUACUCGGCAAGAGUACUUAGAAACAGAUUUUCAUAAAGAUAAUUGUAGGGACUGACUGCAUUCAGUUCCCCUUUUUCCUCACCAUCUAUGAACAAUUAGCGAUUGGUCACUCCUUGGAUUUUCAUCUCACAAAAGUAACUCAGGUCAGCUAUUGUUUAUAAAAAAAACAGCACUAAGGAUUCAAAAAAUUUGCCAAGAAAAUAUUGAUCAACAUUUUUAGAAAAUUCAAAUGCCCAAAUGGGUCAUUCACCCCCUCCCCCUGGUUGCGUACAAAAUGAAUAUGAAUAUAAUGAUAAUUAUGGAUGACCCCUGUGGCAUUGACUUAAGUGACAUGAUGGAAGGUAGCAAUCAAAGAGAUCGGCCAACACUACCAGUACCAGUGUCAGUAUCGGGGUUGUUUGUGAUUUUAAACAUUUUUAAUGUCAUGGUUAUUUUCGAUGAUGUGUUGUUUAAUUGUGUAAUUUAAUUCUCAUGGAUGUCCACUCGGCUUUCACUUCAGACAUGAUGGAAUAUACCAGUCAUUGGGACAGUGUUAGUAUCAUGUUUGUAUGUGAUUAUAUUUUGUACGACGUAGUUGUCUUUGAUGAUGUGUUCUUUAACUUGGUGCAUUUAUCAGGUGGGCCAGUGAAAACGAGUACAGCAUGAAGAUAUAGUUGUGUAAAAUAUGUGGAUACUUAAUCUAGAUGUUUUUCACCCUCAUAUUUCUCGCUUUUUUUGCCAUAUUAGGUAUACAUCUUCAGACGAUAGGUGGAGUAUUGUUGAUAAAGUAAAUUAGAAACAAGAUGCCCUUUACUGAUAGGACUGUUAAUAAAGUUGAUUAUAUUAGCAAUGAUUGAAUCGUCA